AUGGCCGCGGUUGAGAAAGCUGGAUCAACGAAUCCACGUGGAAUUCCAUACGCGCCAUUCGUGGACCGCGUGGAGGACUAUGUCACAACGCGAGCAGACGUCGAAGGCGCAUUGAAGAAAUUCCAGGAGAUGAUCCAGAAAUACCAAUUCAUGAGCGAGAACAAUCAGCGGAGAGUAUUGGGCCUGAAAGAUAAGUUACCGGACAUUCAGCGGACGCUCGAUACGAUCCGGUUUUUGAAGACGCGGAAGACGGAUGCAGAGCCGUUCGAGGCGAUGUUCGAGCUUAACGAUACUCUAUUCGCGAAGGCCAACAUCCACGAGACGGACGAAGUCUACCUCUGGCUCGGGGCCAACGUAAUGCUUGCAUACACACUGGACGAAGCGGAGACAUUACUGAGCGAUAAGCUGGAAGCGGCACAGUCAAGCUUAGAGAACUGUCAGGAAGACCUCGAUUUUUUGAGAGAGCAAAUCACGACCAUGGAAGUAGCUACCGCGCGGGUCUACAAUUGGGAUGUCGGAAUGCGGCGAAAAGAGAAGAAUGAAGGCGCGGACGACGGCGGCCAGGGUCGAAAGGAGACGACGAACGAUUGA